UGGACUUCGGCCCAUUGGGAGUGUGUAUUCCCAAUCAGAAAAUUACCGGGCUAAUCAGAGACUGUGUAACCAUAACUCAUGUUUCAAAUAUUGUUUAAGAUUUGGUUUAGAUUCAGAAAAUGUGCUUAAUCCCAUUUGGAAUGGUGAUUCUGGAAUUGUCAGGUUUCUCCGAUUUGGGGUACAGUGAAGUACUUUGGUCAUAGCACCUGUAAUUUUCCAGAUAGAAAGGUCAGCUUGGACUUAAAUUGAAGCUUAUAAAUGUGGGUAGUUUUCCAUAUCCAUGGUAGGCAGUGAAAUGUGUAAGAAAAUACUUUAAAAUGAUCACUUUUGAUGACAAUUUGUUAGGCAGACAGACAUUUUUGGUCUUUUGGGGUAUUCAGAGGGUGAUAUUUGGCAAUAGAAUAGUAGUAAGCCCCACAUUAUUAUGUAUCACAGUUCAAUCUCCAAUCAAAAAGUUGUCUUAGUGUAUUUUGUUAUAUUCUUGAAGAAUUGGGAGAGCACAUCAUAAGACAGUUGGGAGGUGUACUCUGCGGUGUGCUCAUCAGAACAAUCAUUCAGUAGAUCUCACAAACAUACGAUUACGUAUCAUUAUUAUUAUUCUGUCUGUUCUUACACCCCAGGUCUGCAUAACUUGUCGACUUCUGCUUUCUUUCCAAAAUGGGGUGUGUGCAACAGAAACAGGAGAGGGAGGCUUACUGAGUGAUGAGAAGAAAGAAAAAACAUCUCAUACCACUGUUCAUACAAGAAUACUCAGUAUUUUUCCAAAACACUAGCUGCAAGCUGGUACUGUCCUUUUUAAAUAAUUUUCACCUUUUAGGUCAUAUCUAUGUAUCUGAAGGAAGUGUGGUUUUAAACAUUGAAAAGUGGUGGUUUGAUUGACAGGAUGUUUAUAUUUCUGACACUGAGUGACCAGAGGAGGCAGUUUGCCGAUGGCUGCAUCUCAAAGCUCUAAAGUGAGACGAACUCCUGUGUCAGACUGAGGGUUACUCUUUUUUUUAAUUGAUUUUUAUUGGUCUUUCUCCUUACUGUCUACUGAGCUCUGUUUCCUCACUGCAUAUUUGAAUGUAUGUUUUUUUAAACUCUUUUAACUCCAGAGAUGUGACCUUUGAUCCAAGUCCAGUGUGCUGCAGCCUCCAAUCAGCUUGUGACAUUCAACCAGGGGGUGUGUCCUCCUGUUUGGCAUAAACUUGAGCCAAAACAGGAAGCUGUCUCUCACAGCUCACUUUAAUCCAAGGUAAGACCCAGAUUUAUUUUGAUACUGAAAACAUGAACUCUGAUAACCAUAGGGGUAAAUUGGGAAAUUUGGGGGGUUAGUUUGGGACAUAAAUGUCAACAUGUUUCAAACACGCGCUCUUCAUAUGAACAGAGCAUAUUUGAAAGAUUGAGCAUGGCAGCAGCGUAGUGCAGCCUCGGUCAGCUGGGCUCAGUUUAGAGGAAACAACAUGCUCACAACAGGUUGUUUUGCCUUUCUGCAGUCUAUUUCCUGCUAAUUUGGGCAUUUUAAUCUGUGACUGUUGAGCUUCUACUAUAUGUUCCUGUAAAUUUUGGGUUAUUGCAGGUUUACUCGUGUUUAGUAAAUUGAUUUAGAAAUUCACUGGAUUCGGGAUAUUCUGCUUGUGCUUGACUUCCUUCCAUAUGCCGUAUAAUAUCUAUUCUAUAUACAGUCCGUGGUCACAGCACAAUGUAGCCUGUUUUAUUCAUCACAGUCUCCUACUGUGUUUAGUUAACAUUUUCUCUCUAUUGUUGGCUGUGCUCCACAUCUGCAAACAGCCACUCCCUGAAGGUGUGGAACACCUGCACAAGUCAAACAGCUUAUCUGCAACAAUCUCACUUAAUGAUCUCCCCAGUCCCACAGUCACUGCGAAUCAGAAAGGCUGAAAACAGUCAUGUGUUCAUUUUUGUGGUCACAGUGUACAACAGAGGUAUAAAGUUUUUCCCUGAACUAGAGUUUCAUUGACAUCAGGGUAAGCCAUGACUGAGGUUGACUUUGUGCAUGAAUUCAUGUAGAAUAAAUUGGGGUCUCUUACAAUAUGAUUCCAUUUGUUUCUAUUUUUUCAGUUCAUGUAGGUGAAAUGGGGUAGGAUUUGAGAGAAGGACUUUACAGAGUUUGUGUUUCUUCCUAAGAGAUUAGAUUAUUCUUGUGGUUACCCAGGGCUGUAUCAGCUUUGAGUGAGAUUUGGAGGAUUUUCUCUUUUCAGGAAAGGCAACAUUAUACACGCUAAUAUUUUGUUGAUGAAUGUGGUGGAGGCCUUCUGUGGAUCAGAAGAGGCCAACACAAGUUCCCAAGAGAACUGUUCAGUUAAGACUUUGAAUCUCUUGACAGUGGAUGGUUUAAUUACUCUACAGAUUGAUGUAUUUGACUCAGUAUUACUCAAUUUAUAGAGGACAUGAGGAAAAUUAGAAGAUGAUCUGAUGUGACCACACAAAGAAUCCUGGAGUUAAUUUUUUAAUCAAAUACAUUAGUGAAUACAUGUCAAUCAGUGUGGUGACGCUUUCUGUCACUCUGGUUAUUAUUAUCAUUAUUACAGUAUUACAUUUUACAGUGUUCCCUGUGGACAGAGCUCUUACCCUGAGAGAAGAGUAGGAGCUCUGAGAGGUGUGUGGGCUCAGUGUGGAUCUGAACAAUCCUCUUGUUGGAUCAGGAUCACUGUGACAGGAGCAGUUGGACUGAAAUGGAGGAUGAGCAGACAGGUGGAGCUGCAGCCCUUCAGGUGAACUCUUAUAAAUCUGGUAGUUUAUCUGAAGACAACAAACCUGAGUGUCUGGAAAGGUCUGAAUGAGUCCUGUGGUGUCUGCUGAGGUUGAUGUUAACCCUUUUCUUCUUCAGCAGACUGGUUUACCCAGAAGAGGAGUGGUGAAGGAAGAGUUCGAUAGUCCUUCUAUGGUGAAUACUGAAAUUCUCUGCAUGCUUAAGACCAUUUUUCUUACAUUUAUGAAGACCCCUGACACUCUUCUCUAUGCUCUUACAGGUCAACCAUGAUCAUGAAUUCAGCAUUGUAAUAGAAGGCCAAAAACUUGAAAUUAACUGUACAGCUCCUCAAACAGUGAUGACAGCAAUCAGAUCACGCAAAAAAUACAAGAAGCAGGGGUGGUCAGAUAAACACAUCAUGAUUAAGCAGGGGGUGGGGAUGACAGAAAGUGUUAUCGCUUCUCAUUUUCCCUGUACCUGUCUCAAAGACAAAGUGAUUCUGACUAUAUCAAAAUCAACAAAAGCAGUUGAGGAGGAAAGAGAUGACCAACCAGUCCUCCCAAAAGACAGCUAUUCUGUCUUUUACAUUCACAAGGAAGGAGGCAAAUACACCAAAAAAAAAAAGCUUUUUAAAAACAGCGAUCUCAAAAACUCCGAGUUCAUUUGUGUUUAUGGAGAAAGAGAAUCAACUGUUCAAGAGGCUCUGGAAAGAGACAGUCGCUUUGUUGAAUUAGAUGACUUUGAAUUGACUGACUGUGAUGAUCCCAAAACAGUUAUUCAGUAUACAGACAAAGUAAAUAACCUGAAUGGGAGAAAAUUCAAGAUAAAGCUUCCAAAAGAAUGCAAUGACAAAAAAAAAGAUGAUGGGGUGCCUAAAAAAAUAACUCAUAAACUUAGAGGACAGCAGAGUGAGGGCAGUGGCCAUUCAUCUGGAGCAUCAGGUGAUACCAAACAGGCAGAUGAUAUGAGGGAACUAAAGAAACUAGUGGAGAGUACUGGAAUCAGAGUCAUCGCAAAGAGUGAUGUCAACCAUGAGGAGAUCAUGAAAAUGUUGCGUGAGCAGUGCAAAGAGCUGAAAAAACAGGUGGAAGCAAGAUAUUCUGAAGAUUACAUUCAGAAAACUCUGAAGAAGGUCAACUUUGGAAAAAUUGAACAGUUCUUUCACCAAGUUUACACACUCAGGAAGCUGCUAGAGAUGGCAAAGUCUGUUUGUCUGGUGGCAGUUCAUGGGGGUUUAGUGGGCACAGGGUUUGUGUUAUUUGACAACUUUAUCAUGACUAACGCACACCUGUUUGUAAAUUGCCCACAAGGAGACAGACUGAUAGAUGUAAAUGUGUGUGUUGUCUUUAACUAUGAGACUGCAGUAGAGAAAAGCUCUCACUGUCUCGCCAAUCAGGCCUUCAUCUGCUCUGAUAAAGAACUGGACUAUGCUUUGCUGAAAGUUCAACCCACAGAUCAGUUCAAGAUGCCACCAGGGCUCCUGGAGAAACUUGGAGAAGCGCCUGUAUGUGGCGGAGUCUGUGUCAUUGGUCAUCCCAAGGAGGACGUGAAAAAAAUAGACCUGACAUAUGUCAUAGAGCCAGAAAAUAGACUGCAAUAUCUUCACCAAUACUCCCAAAACUAUCCCUUUGUCAUGUGCCACAUCUCUAAAGCCUAUGGGGAGGACUUAAAAGACAUAUUGAGGUGUGGAAGUGAAGCACAAGAAAGGAUUACGUACAACACCUUUAUGUAUAAGGGCUCAUCUGGCUCCCCGGUGUUUGAUGCUGAAGGCAGAGUGUGUGGUCUUCACACAAAAGGGUUAUACUAUGAGAGUGACAAAGUACCAAACAGUGUGAUAGAGGUUGCCCAGUCUCUGGAGACUAUAGUGAGGGACUUUGUUCCAAAACUCCAAAACGCUCAGCAGUUCAUGGCGGAACUAGAUAAGGUGGCAGACAAAAACUUCUGUCUGAAAAACAUCAUUGAGUCUGUUAGAAACAUAAAGACAGAGUAUCCAGACUCUGAUGAAGAAAUGCAGCACUAAAAUGGAGAGCCUACUGUGAGAACAAACUAGGGUUAUAUUACUGCUGACAUUGACACAGAUUUUUUCUUUGGACUUGAGUAUCCUGGUUUUGAUCCAGAUUCUAAUGUGGCAUUUACAAGCACAGAUAAAUACUGGUUUUUAAUUUUCCUGUAUUCAUGAUAAUUACUUUUAUCCUGCUUUCUGGAUACUGCUCACUAUUUGUGCAGGCACCUGCACAAGGUAAUAAGGUAAUUUUUCACAUCCCAAACUGCAGUGAGGUAGAACUAAAACUGUGACCACUGGUGUAUUAGUAUUAUGUGUAAAGCACUUUUAAAUGCCGACAUUUCCAUCAACGGGAGAAGAAAGCCAUGGUCUCCCAGCAGCAAAAUAGGGUUUCUUCAAACCAGAAUACGAGUUCAAACUGGUUCCUGACAUCAGAGUAUGAUAUUGUGUACCAACACAAAAACUGGAGACUUAAAAAACAAACAAACAAACAAAAAAAACAAUCAAAGCCAGCACACUCAAGUCCAGGUAAACACAUUUGGUGAGCACUGAGGGUUGUCAGCCGGGCAGGUCUUAUUAGUUAACCAUGACCCUUACUUGAACCCUAACUUAAACGGCUGCUGUAAAAUUCAAAAUGCAGAAUGUACUGGUUCACCAGACUCAGACAGUUUUGGGAAAAAAUUAAACCAGUGAUGAUUAAGGACAACUUAUUUUCCAGUCUAGUAUGUUCAGAUGACUGUACUGUUGAAAAUCAUAGUAAACUGUCCUUGAUUUAAAAAGUAGUUUGGAUCCAAAAAUUGUCAUUUCAGGACACAGACAGAAGAUGAGGCCAUCCUGCAGCCAACACAAUUCCUGUGUGUAGCACAGGCGAUCUCUCUAACUGCUGCUUUGGGGUCUGAUCCAGCUUCAAGACAGCCUUAGCCUGUCAAACUCAAUCCAUGGUAGACCCCUCUGUUGUUCUCACUGUGUAAAUACUGAAAAUCAUAGUGCUCCACAGUCGUUUAAGUGUGUGAGCCGGACAUUUUUUUUCUUUUAGCUGUGGGUAGGUGGGGAUUUGGGAUUAUCUCCAUAUUUUUGUUGUUCAUGAUGAAUUUUGUUUUGUGUUGACUAAUGAUAUGACCUCUGUAAGCCUGUGCUGGUGUUUAGAAACCAGCCGGGUAACAUCAGUACCAGCUCCUUCCUGCAGGUGUGACUGUGUUUGUAAGUGUUUUUGCUGUGAUAAAGAAAAAUGAUCCUGCAAACUUCAGCUGUGUCUAUGAUGUAACAGAUAAAAACAAACUUUUAUUGACGCUCAGCCCAUGUUCCAUCUUAAUCAUUUUACAAUAAAAAAUUGUUGUUAUAGAUUUAAAACAACAACAGUGCUAUUAUUUUCUGAUUUUUUAAUGGAUUUGUGUUAUUGCACAGUUAUGUCAGUGAAUUUAUGUGCCAUUGUAUAUUUGUGUUGUUGUGAGAGAGUCUACACUUUUUUUCACAAUCAUAUAACAGGUAAUAAACCUUAAACAUACCCUACAAAAAAAAUUGUUAGCACAUCAAAAAUUUACCAUGAACUUACCAUAAUCUAAAUACAACCUUACCAAGGUUUUCCUUAAUUCUACUCUAAGAAACCAAAAAUGUACCAUAAUCCAGUGUAAAAUAAGCAGAAACCUAGUGUAAAAAUAGAUAUACCAUGAGCUGUAAAUUUACCAAAAACUUAUCUUGAAUUUUAAACUGAACCAGCCAUAAAUCUACUGUGAACCUAUCAUAAGUUUAACCCAUAAAGAUUUUGUAUAUCAAGACUGAUUAAAAUAAAGUUACCAUGUCCACACUGUAAAUUUACUACAAACUACAAACUGACAUAAAUUUAUGCUUAACCUACCAUCCAUUUACAAGGAGCCUUUUGUAAAUUAUCAAUACAUUCAAAGUGAAUCUACCACAUAUUUGCCAUAAAUUAUGCUCAAUUUCCUGUAAAUUGACUACAAAUUAACAGUGCCAAAAGGUUUAACCCAAACAUUUUAAUAAACUUCCUAUCAUGCUGACUUAAAUCUGGACAAACCAUGAUGCCAGAAUCAACAUUUCAGAAAUAAACUUUGUAUAUUAAACAAAAUAAAUUAUAAAAUAAACCCUGUAUAUUUACAGAGUAAUAAUAAAAGUAGCACCCGAGAGAGCACCAACAAGCCCGA